CAAACCAACUUUACACGUUCUUGUGUUCUGCCUAUGAUGCUGCAUGCAUGUGAUUUAUCAUAACAUAGUUACAGCUGCGAUGCGUCCAACACUGUCGAACUGAAAUCCCGAACCCGUUGGACGCUUUUGUUUGUUGUUUGAUAGAGAAAACGAUGGACUGGCCAAACAUAGCAUGGACCGCUGCAUCCUUAGUCCUAGCCCUGAAGAUGGCUCGGCGAGGCUUGAGCAAGGCCAGCCUGUCGCAAUCUGGCGCGCUGGCGGCUUUCACGGUCGGCGCAGUGCACAUGACGGCUGGUCUGCAGUUUGGGGCGACGCUAAUUCUCUUUUACCUAUCGAGCAGCAAGCUGACGCGAGUGGGCGCCAAGCGCAAAGCUCAGGUGGAGGAGGAGCACAAGGAGGGCGGGCGGCGGAAUGCCGUGCAGGUGCUGGCGAACAGCUUGGCCGCCUGCGUGUUUGCGGAACUGUUGUACGUGCUGUCAUCGGCAGAUGGCACGCACACAGGCGGCUGGUUAGCUCAACUACUGCUGCGUGGCGGUGUGGAUGUGCAGCGGGCACGUGUGCUACUGGCGGGCGGUUUCCUGGGCCACUACGCCUGCUGCUGCGCGGACACGUGGGCCAGCGAGCUGGGCAUCCUUAGCCGCAGCCGCCCGCGCCUCAUCACCACCGGCCGCGCCGUGCCGCCCGGCACAAACGGCGGCGUGUCGGCGCUGGGCCUGGCCUGCAGCGCCGCCGGCGGCGCCUUCAUGGGGGCGGCCUUCGCAGCCACAGGCGCCCUGGGCUGCGCCGCAGGCGCACCGCUGUGCGGCGGCUCCCUCUGCCCUGCUGCUGGCGGCAGUGGUGCAGGGACGUGGCUGACCGGGCCGGCGGGCGUGGCGACACUCACGGGCGUGGGCCUGGCGUGUGGGUUGUUUGGCUCGCUGCUGGACUCGCUGCUGGGGGCCACGUUGCAGUACACCGGCUGGGACGACCGGGCGGCGCGCGUGGUGGGCUGGCGGCACCGCCGCAGCCGCGGUGGUGGAGCCGCUGGCGCCUGCUUGCAAGACGGGAAGAAGGGGCUGGCGGAUGGUGGGAGAGCGAACGGUACCGAUGAUGGAGAGGGGGAGGCGGACGCUGCGGCGGUGGUGCAUAUUAGCGGGUUGCCGGUGUUGAGCAAUGACGCGGUGAAUUUCGUGGCGGCAGCGAUAACGGCUUGUGCGGGUGCGGUGCUGUUAGAGCGGGCAGGAGCAUGAGCGCACAGUGGGCAUGAGCAAGCGUGCGACGGCUGCUUAGGGACACGAGACAAGACCAGCAAAUGUGAGGGAUGGGAAUGGGGGAUGGCGGGCUCAGCGUGGGGAAUGCCGGGAACCCGCAAUGACCGUCAGCAACUUAAACUGGGGUUUCA